GAAUCCUUCAACUACUUUCUACCAAGUGUUUCAUUCGAACAAGUUACAGGAAUCAAAGAACCUCUGGGAUAGUGCAUCUGGUGGGAGUGUUGUAGCCAUUGAUAACAAAAUAGAACAGGCAAUGGAUCUGGUGAAAAGCCAUUUGAUGUAUGCAGUCAGAGAAGAAGUGGAAGUACUGAAGGAACAAAUAAAAGAAUUAGUUGAAAGAAACUCUUUACUUGAACGGGAAAAUGCACUGUUAAAAUCUCUUUCAAACAAUGAUCAGUUAUCACAACUUUCAACCCAACAGGCCAAUCCAAGUAGCACUUCUCAACAGCAAACAGUGAUAGCACAGCCUCCACAGCCAACGCAACCUCCACAGCAGCCGAAUGUCUCCUCAGCAUAAAGCUUUCUUGCCUCAUUAAGAACUGAAAGCAAUCUGUCCUUGUGUGCCACUGGUCUUCUUUCCACUUUAUAUGAAAGCAGGUAGCCAUGCUUCAGUUGUGUGUUUUGGCCUUUUCAGUAUUAGACAAUCAUUCUGCAAGCGCUUUCCCUCACUGAGAUGUCAUACUACACAGUUGGUGUCCAAUUAUGCCAUCAGUGCACAAGGGAAAAUGUAGAAGGAGUUAUAAUGCAAAAAUCUGCAUUUGUUUGAUGCACAUGAGUGGAGGUCUUUAAGAGCUUUAGUAAGGCUCUUCAAGGUUUCCAUUACUCAUGGAUUACUUUGAGCCUUGCAUUUUCACACAGUAACAACUCAUCUUUAGAGCCACUGUUCUUUCAAUGACAAGUAACAUUUGCCUACAUUAGUUUCAUUUAUUUGUUUUAUUUAUUACAGGGCUGCUAUUCAUAAUGUACAUGAACAAUGUCACAGAACUUUUAAUUUUUUAAAAAAUAAAUGUAAGUAUCAGUAAAACUUGAUAGACAGGAUUGAGUUUAAUAGAAAAAAAAAUGUUUAGGCAAUAAUUGAACAAAAGAAUCCUGGCCUAUUUCUAACACUAAUGGCAAUUUACCUUUUGGUAUUUAUUUUCAGUAGUUAAGAUCCAGCUUGAAUGUAAAUUUUUGUAUAGUGUAAGUAUGAAGACCAUAGUGCAUCUGUACAGGUAGUCGCCAGUCAUUGUGAUAUAAUAAUUGAUGGGCUAUUUUGAUGAAGAAAACUUUGCUCAUUUCUGUUUCUACUUUCUAAUAGAGAAAUUGCCAUGAUUCCUCUGCUUUUUGACAUUUCGUAUGAUUUUGGGUGGGGGGUGGGGGGAAUAAAAAGCUGUGAAAUUGUUCAACCUACUUUGUAACCAAAGAAGCAAAGCUGUGUAAUUGAGUUUUUAUUUUAUAAUGCACAUUCUUUAUGUAUUUUUAUUUAGUGUUCUCAUUCACAUUUUUCUUUGCUGUCUAGCAUGGAUCUGCAUGACCUAUAAUCUUUGAACCACUUUCGUACCUCAUGUUUUAUCCAGCACUCUUAUUGUGAUAUGUAAUAGUCUGUGAACAAUGUCAAAUUAAAAAAAAGAAAGAACAGCUAGUGUGGUGGAGCUGAGCUGGUGUGUUAUGCACUAGUUUAAAAAAUGAAGUGAGCCAUCUUUUGUUCAUUUAAAAUGGUGUUUUGAAUUUCGUAUGCAGAAAACGUUUUGUUACAUUGCAGAUUUUAAUGUAUUUAAUAAAUGCAACAUGCAGAUUAAGUGCAGUGUAUACUGAGUAUUUAAAUUAAAAUGUACAUUUCAUAAAUACAGUUUCAAGAGACCAUUUGUGUAUACUAACGUAGUAUGUCAGAAGUUGAUGUACAAUAUAUUUUAACACUUUCUGAAAUUAAACUGCAGUUUUGUUGAAA